AAUUUAUCGGACGGCUCAGAUCUAUUUUUCUAAGAGUUGGACAGAGAGUGGCGUCUAUAAAAGUUAGAGGAACUCUGAAAAACCCUAGUUCUUCGCUACUGCGACUGCGCGCUUCCGCACGAUGGGUGCCUACAAGUAUGUUUCGGAGCUUUGGCGCAAGAAGCAGUCUGAUGUUAUGCGAUUCUUGCAGCGUGUGAGGUGCUGGGAGUACCGCCAGCAACCUUCUAUUGUUCGUUUGACAAGGCCAACUCGCCCAGACAAGGCUCGCCGCCUGGGUUACAAGGCUAAACAGGGUUAUGUGGUUUACCGUGUUCGUGUUCGGAGGGGUGGCAGGAAGAGGCCAGUUCCAAAAGGUAUUGUUUAUGGUAAGCCAACCAACCAGGGUGUUACUCAAUUGAAAUUUCAGAGGAGCAAGAGGUCUGUUGCUGAGGAGCGUGCUGGAAGGAAGUUGGGUGGCCUCAGGGUCCUCAAUUCGUACUGGGUGAAUGAGGACUCGACCUACAAAUAUUUUGAGGUCAUUCUGGUGGACGUUGCCCACAGUGCUAUAAGAAAUGAUCCAAGGAUCAACUGGCUCGUCAAUCCAGUCCACAAACACAGGGAACUUCGUGGCCUCACUUCUGCUGGGAAAAGUAACAGGGGUUUACGUGGCAGAGGACAUCUGUACCACAAAAAUCGUCCAUCCCGCAGGGCAACCUGGAAGAGAAACAACACCCUUUCCCUUCGUCGUUACCGCUGAUUUUAUUGCAGUUAUCGUAUGUUCCUUUCUUUUCCGAAUAUUAUUUGGAGUGCAUUAUGUAGACUUUAGUAAAUCGUCAGUUUUGAAUGCUUGAUGAUGCAAGAUUUUUGCAAUGUGCCGGAAGUGUUUUUAUUUAUUGUCGUACUUUUUCAUC